CCUGUGUGAAAUCUCAUGUGUCUAUCAAGAUAAGAUUUCAUAGUAAAGCUUUUUCCACAGGACAGACAUUCAAAAGGUUUCUCCCCUGUGUGGAAUCUCAUGUGUCUAUCAAGAUAAGAUUUCAUAGUAAAGCUUUUUCCACAGGACAGACAUUCAAAAGGCUUCUCACCUGUGUGAAUUCUCAUGUGUCUAUCAAGAUAAGAUUUCAUAGUAAAGCUUUUUCCACAGGAAAGACAUUCAAAAGGCUUCUCACCUGUGUGGAAUCUCAUGUGUUCAUCAAGACUAGAUUUCUGAGUGAAGCGUUUUCCACAGGACAGACAUAAAAAGGGUUUCUCACCUGUGUGAAUUUUAAUGUGUUUAGUCAAAUGACUUUUUUCAGUAAACUUCUUGUUACAAAUGGUACAGGAAAAAGGCUUCUCACCUGUGUGAAAUCUCAUGUGUCUAUCAAGAUAAGAUUUCAUAGUAAAGCUUUUUCCACAGGACAGACAUUCAAAAGGCUUCUCACCUGUGUGGAAUCUCAUGUGUCUAUCAAGAUAAGAUUUCAUAGUAAAGCUUUUUCCACAGGACAGACAUUCAAAAGGCUUCUCACCUGUGUGAAUUCUCAUGUGAAUAUUAAGAUCAGACUUGGAGGUGAAGAUUUUUCCACAUGACAGACAUUCAAAACGCUUCUCACCUGUGUGGAAUCUCAUGUGUUUAUCAAGAUCAGAUUUCUUUUUGAAAAUUUUUCCACAGGACAGACAUUCAUGAAUCUUCUGACCUUUGUGAGUUCUUAUGUGAACCAUUAAAUGUUCUUUAUUUAGAAAAGUUUCUCCACAUGUCAAACAUGGGAAAGGUUGCUGCUCUUCAUGCUCACUAAUGGGGAGCUCCAUGGUUUCCUCUUUUGUCCAGGGAUGUUCUGGUUCUUGCUGCUCUUCUUUUAUCUGCAGAGGUUCUGGUUCCUCUUGGUCCAAACUGGAAUUCCUCUCCUGUCCACAGAGCUGCUGGUCUGAGAAAUCUUCCUCUUUUCCAGCAUAAUCCUGCAGGCGGUCUGGAAAGACAAACACAGCAGACAGACUAAGUAUUGCAAGUUAAAGAAAGGACACCUCACAUAAAAGCACCAAACUCUGUCCUUCAGUUUGGGGGGAAAGUUGAUCCUUUAAUCAUCAUUGUGUCAAUCUAACUACAUACAAACAGACUGGAACUACAUCUCCCAUCAUGCAACCUGAUAGUACAGUCACAGGUUAAAGUUGGGGAAACUUAACAACCCUAACAUCUUGGUGCCGUGACCCGGAUCCCAACAUACCCGCUCGCUGACGGAGGGAGGAAGACACGCUGAAAACUACCGGUAGUCAGUGUCCCAUCAGAGGGGGCCUGUUUCAAAGUCCCGGGAAGUGAAUUCUUCGCCAGACCAGCGCCGUAGGUCGAACUCCUUCUGCCAUUGACAGAUUGACGGGAUCCAACACCAGAACAAGGACAGGCAAACCAAGUAAGAUUUUUGCCUUUUUUGGGUAAGAGUCCCAUGCACUCUAGGGGGGUUGCCCAAGCUUGGAUGUGGCUUCAGUUGGUUGCAGGCAGCUGUGGCAGGUUAAUCCAUCAUAUUUUGUUAACAGGCUGUUAACUUAGCGUAUAACAUAUUUAUAACUUAUAACUAACUUAUAUAGCUUGUAACCUAUAUCGUGAGAUUACUUGUCACUUGCUUGUUGUCGGUUUGAGCAGUUCCUUUGAGUUUGAGCUUUUAGGAGUGUAGUGGGUAAAGGUACCAAGGGACUCACAGAGUUGAGGUCCCUGAUAAAAGUGCUCUCUGAGCAAGGCCGAUGGAGCCAUAAGGUAAAGGUACCAAGGAAAUAAAAGGGUUGAAGUCCCUGAGAGAAGCGCUUUUGGAACAAGGCUGUUGGAGCCCUAAGGAUACCUAGGUUAUGGGAUUGCAGUCCCCAGUGUGCGCAAAAUAGAAGUGUAAACCGGUUAUAGAUAUAAUAAUAAUAAUAAUAAUAAUAAUAAUAAUAAUGAAAAUAAUAACACAACACAGAGUAGUGAAAUAAAUAAUAAAACAUAAAAAGAAAUAAAAUAAAAUAAAAAAUAGGCCUAAAUAAAAAUAAAAAAAAAAUCUUAAAAAAUAAAAAAGGGAAAACCUCAAAGCAAAGUACCUUUGCAUGAAGGAGAUGAAAAAUAUAUGGGUCAAAUAAACCCAGACCACUUAAAAUAUCUUGAUAAAUGGAAAAGAAAAUAUGGAGUUAGUGGAAAAUUAACAGUUGACCAGUGGCAAACUGUGGUGCAAAAACUAGAAAUUAGUGUCAGCACUAAAAAUGGGAAAAAGAAAAAAGAAAAAGAGGACCAGUUAAAACUUGCAAAAAGCUGGUUAGAGCAGGCCCAAAACUGGCAUGAGGCAAUAAAAAAAGCAAAACAAAAUAGAGAUAAGUCUCUGCCUCCCUAUUCUGAUCAACAAAAUCAGGUGACGUUUGUCCGUCCAGAGGACAAUGAAAUUGUUCAAAGAAGGCCUACUGCCCCUCCAGCUAACCUGGAGUCAGGAGACAUGCCGCAAAGUAAUGAAACUGGAGCUGUUGCUGCUCCAGAACCAUCAACAGCAGCAAAACAAGAAGUAAAAUGUGAACAGAAAUACCAGCAUGUUUACGAUACCCGACUAAGGCUGAAAACUGAAGACUCCACCCACCAGUCUCCUUAUAAAAAAUUAGCUACAGAACUCAGUGAACUGUCUGAGGAAUUUGAUAGAAUAAAGCCUCUGAUAGAAGUCCCAAAUACCCUAUCCAACAAUGCACAGGACAGAACAAUGCUAGUGUUCAGGCCAUGGACUUUAAAUGAAGCAAAAAGUGCAGUUGAAGGUCUCACUAGUCCACAGGAGGAUGUUGAACAGUGGAUUUUAGGAAUGGAAGGAAUUUAUAUGUCCUACAAACUAAAUGGACAAGAAUUUGGACAAGCACUGUUUUGUGCUGUUGGUCCUACUCUGUGGGGACAAAUAGGUAGCCAGUACACAGGGAGAGAUCAAAAUGGUGGAGUUAAUCCUUAUGGCCAAGGAGAUCUCAAUGGAACAGUUAUAACAGCUUUACAGCCUCAGUGGGCUGCUUUUUGCAAUGCCAUGCACACUGAGUUUAAAAAGAGGGCUGAUAAUGCCCAUUUGUCCACUGUAUUACAAAAAUCAGGAGAAAAUGUGGAUGAUUACAAAAUUAGAUUAGAAAGAGAAUUCAGAGCUCACAGUGGCAUUCCUUAUGAUGCUGAUAAGGACAGUACUUAUCAGGCACAGCCUAAAAAUGGUUUAAUGAAUGGGUUCCAGGCACACAUUAGUUCCUGGAUCAGAAAGCAUUUGGUAGAGCACAGAACAGCUGAUGUUGUGAGGAUAAUGGAGUACGCUAGACAUGCAGCAGAAGUUACCAAGGAAAAGGGAAGUGGAACUGCAGGCAGAGAAGUGUUUUACACUAACCUAGAUGAGUUAGAAGUGUUUGUGAGAGAAAACAGAGGCAGAGGUUGUUGAAUCUCCUUGUAAAGUGAUAAAAGCAAGGCAAAUUCAGUCUGUUCACUCAGCAAAGGCGGCUGAGCUUUUUGCUCUGAUUAGAGCUUGUACGUUAGCUAAAGGUCAAAAGGUUACCAUCUACACAGACAGUCAGUAUGCCUUUUCCACUAUCUUCUUUUUUGCUAAACAAUGGGACAGAAGAGGAAUGAUUACUGCUACGGGCAAAACAAUAACACAUGCCAGUUUACUGAAGCAGCUUCUCCAAGCUUUACUACUACGACAAAACAUAGCCUUGUG